GAAAGGUCUCAGCGCAGUUGUUUGGCUUAUCGGAAGUAGAAGUUUCAGGACUUUCUGAACUGUUUCUAGCGUCAAGUUCUAGUGGCCCUCUUUGUACUUGUAACGUCACCACGAGGCUCCCGUGGACCGGUUCGAGCGUUCAAACUUUUGAAGACGGCUCGUGGGUGAAGCUAACGUGGCUAACCGACAGCGCUCUCGGUUCGUCCUCGUCGUGUCUACCUCAGGUAAGAUGGAGGUCCACGCGAGCAGCUAGCACGAUCAGCAGAAGCGAGUGAGGUCAGAGGUCAUCAGGAUGGCCUCUCCGGAACCGUCGGUCAACUUUAACCUCCUCCACCGGACGUGCAAGCUCGUGGUUCUGCUCUGCUUCCUGCACAUCUCCGCCACGGUCUUCUUCUACGUCCUCUCAUUGGAUAUCCGCGUAACCUUCGUCCAGAACCAGCACACCCGCAACGGCACCGCCGAGGCGAAUCCGCCUCAGGACGCCAAAGAAGCCCAAAAAGCCGAGGACGACCAGGCGGGGAAAAGCUUGAAGAAAUGUCCAGAACAGUCUCCCUUGCUCGUGGGUCCUCUGCGGGUGGAGUUCAACAUUCCGGUGAGCCUGGACACAGUGAGGAAGGAGAACAGCAACGUCCGGCCCGGCGGCCGCUACAAGCCCAAUGACUGCGUAGCGCUGCAGAAGGUCGCCAUCAUCAUUCCGUUCCGCAAGAGAGAUGAGCACCUCAAGUUAUGGCUCUACUACCUCCACCCCAUCCUGCAGCGCCAGCAGCUCGACUACGGCGUCUACGUCGUCAACCAGGACGGAGACGAGAUCUUCAAUCGGGCCAAACUGUUGAACGUGGGCUACGUGGAGGCGUUGAAGGAGUACGACUACGACUGUUUUGUCUUCAGUGACGUGGACCUAAUCCCCAUGGAUGACCGCAACAUCUACAAAUGCUUCAGCCAGCCCAGACACUUGUCGGUGUCCAUGGACAAGUUUGGCUUCAGGUUGCCGUACAAUCAGUACUUUGGGGGAGUGUCAUCAAUGAUGAAAGAGCAGUACUUGAGCAUCAACGGCUUCCCCAACAACUACUGGGGUUGGGGGGGUGAGGACGACGACAUCUACAACAGGCUGGCAUCCAAAGGAAUGACCAUCUCCAGGCCGAGCGGCGAGGUGGGAAAAUGUCGGAUGAUUCGGCACGAGCGGGACAAACAGAACGAACCAAACCCUCAGCGGUUCGACCGCAUCGCCCACACCAGACAGACGAUGUACAAGGACGGCAUCAAUUCUCUGUCCUACGAGCUGGUUUCCAAGGAAAUUCUGGAGCUUUAUACCAAAAUCACCGUCGACGUCGGAAAACCGUAACAAGCGUCAGGCGGGCCGACGCGCCCGAGUGAAUUGUUGUCUUUGCACAAGUCGGCUUUUCUCAGUUACUGGCUCUGCAAAACAAUCAUCAGUUGUCAAUAGACAGCUGUGACUGCAUGCUUUUUAUAUUGGGGGCAGGUAUAUGGUGAUUUUUCAAAUCAGCACGUUGAAGCGUGUUCUUGUUUCCGUGACAACAAAUUGUGAACGGCUCAAGCUGCAUUGAUUUAUUGAUCAGCUUUAUUCAAGUAUGUUCCAAUUGUUCUUAUGUCACAACAUCAAUCAUUUCUGAUGAGCUCUAUUUUCUUAGGUGUGUUAAGAGCUGUGCAAUAUGGACAAAUCCAGAUAUGUGUCAUUAUAUAGGCUUGGGUUUAAAGGGCUAACCCUUUAAGUGACAUGAAAUGAAUGGCAAUUUUCUGUGUUCUCUUCCCCAAUUAUUUAUACAAAGACAAGCUCAUCAAAGGAAUACAAGGUUAAUUAAUACUUUUCAAAAAUACAAAUGUCCAAAUAAAUGCAAUUGAAAAUAUCCAGGAGCACAACCACUUUUCCAGGAAUGAAUUAAGAAGCCAAAACAAAUACGACACAUCGCUUCACGUAACAUUUACUCACGUAUGUGUACCGUUGAUCCGGUAAAUGUAUUGAUCAAGGGCAGGAAAAGAAAUGACGGAAAUUGAGUAGCAGCAAGGCUAAUCCAGCGAUAAGAACCAAUAGAUAGUGGAGGAGAGAUUAUUAAUAGCGGAUCGUUGAUUCAUAUCGUAAUAUCACACAGCCUCUCAGUGUCGCUUCCUGGUGUGUUGCAAGUGUACUUCGAGAUGCCGUGUCAUUGAUUAUUGCUCAUUUUCAAAUCACUGUGGUGGCUUCCAAGUGUCCUUAUGGCUAGGAACAUCAUUGCUUACUGAUCAGCUUUAUUUGCGUGCUUUCAACGUUUAUUCCCAAAAGCUUCAUGCUGAGCUUUGACUUUCAUGUUGUUGAAUCUCGCAUUUUUCACAAAAAUUGCACUUUGGUUAGUUUUCAAAGUGAAACCUUAAACUGUGGGAUCAGUGUGAUACAUUUGAUAAAACUAAAGGUAAAAUCA